AUGUAUUAUGUAACGGCCCUCAAUACGGCCGACGAGUUUUCUAGGAUCUCCCUCGUUCACGUGCCGCGCGCCGAAAACCAUGAGUCCAACGAGAUGGCCCAGGUAGCGUCAGGUAUGAACAUUCCGAACAGCGACCACGACCGCGUGUUAAGAAUCGAGAAGCAUACCCUGCCGACUUUGGCCGAACGAGGAAUGACGACGCAAGUAUCAUCGGCCGAAAUUACCGACGAGGUCGAAAUGGCCGAAGCCGACUGGCGCUACCCCAUAGUAAAGUAUCUACGCGAUCCCUCCGGCAACCAUGAAAGGACUACUCAUUUCCGAGCUCGGUGUUAUUUGAUUUAUCAGAACGAGCUGUAUCGAAAAGGGUCAGAUGGCUUAUUGCUCCUAUGCCCUAGCGCCGAAGAUAUUAAGGUUAUCAUGACCGAAUCCCACAAAGGGAUUUGCGGCGCUCACCAAUCUGGGGUCAAGAUGAGAUGGUUGGUCCAGAGGCACGGCUAUUAUUGGCCGACCGUUUUAAAGAACUGCGUAGAAUAUGCGAAAGGGUGUAUCAAGUGUCAAAUCUACGGCCCCAUACAAAGGGUACCAGCUGACGCCCUCCACCCGGUUACUAAACCAUGGCCGUUCAGAGGAUGGGCCAUGGAUAUCAUCGGCAAAAUCUACCCAACCGCGUCCAACCAGCACGCCUGGAUUUUGGUGGCAACUGACUAUUUCACUAAAUGGGUCGAGGCGGAGUCCUACCAGUCCAUUUCUAGCACACAGGUGGUCAGAUUCUUCGAAAAUCACAUCGUCCACAGAUUCGGUAUACCUGAAACCAUCACGGCCGAUAACGGCCCAGUCCAAAGGGCGUGGCACGACUUACUCCCUGAGGCCCUUUGGGCUUACCGAGUCUCAAAACGAUCGGCUACUGGCACAUCUCCUUAUGCCUUAACCUACGGCCAUGACGUCAUCGUUCCGAUGGAGCUAAAGGUUCGAUCUCUCCGUGUGACCGAACAACCUGGGCAGGAAGAAAAGGACUAUGCGCAAGCCAUGGUUCAGGAGUUAGAAGAUUUGGAGCAAUCCAGACUCGAUGCUUAUAACCUAAUGCAAGCACAAAAGCAGAUCGCGGCUAGGCCCUACAACAGGAAGGUGAAGCAAAAGACCUUCGCCGAAGGCGACUUGGUAUGGCAUGUCGUGCUUCCUAUCGGGACUAAGGAGAAUGACGCAACUUGCCAAUAA